AAAGUUUUCUGCGUCUUAACACUUUUAAUAUUACGUUUCUUCAGUGACAUGAAAUAUAAAUCAGACAAAUUAAAGUUCAAGACAUAUAAUCGGAUGUGAUUGUGUAAGAUUUAUCAAUAUAAUUUAUACCGACAAGGAAGUAACAAACAUUUUGAAAUCAAAGUUCGUUGAACAGGGCAUCAGAUAUUAAAGUUGAUAUAACGAUGUAUGCUGCUACGGAUAAAACAAUUUUUCAGGUUUAAUCAUGGCCCAUGCAUCAGAUUCAAAAGGUAAAAGGACCAGCAAGAGUAACAAACUGGUUGUCGCAGCCAUAGACUUUGGGACAACUUACUCCGGUUACGCAUUUUCUUUCGCCAAUGAGUUUAAAGACGACCCAACGAAGGUGUAUGCUCAGACAAAAUGGGUGGCAGGUUCAGGAGCGUUGAUGUCAUUAAAGACACCUACUAUUUUGCUUUUGAACAAAGAUAAGACAUUCAAUGCCUUUGGGUAUGAGGCGGAAAAUGCGUACACAGAACUCGCUGAAGAUGGAGAGCACGAGGAUUACUACUACUUCAGACGCUUUAAAAUGAUGUUGUAUAAUUCGACGGGUUUAAAGCGGAAUAUAGAAAUAGAAGACGGAAAUGGUCAUAAAAUGAAAGCUCUAACUGUGUUUGGAAUUGCUAUAAAGUACUUGAAAGGCCAUCUUAUGGACAAUUUGCGUAACAAAAUACAUGGUAUAAUCGAAGAAGAUAUCCGUUGGGUGUUGACAGUGCCAGCGAUAUGGAACGACGGUUCAAAGCAGUUCAUGAGAGAGGCGGCUGAAAUGGCAGGAAUAAAGAGAGAAAAUCUAGUUAUUGCCCUGGAACCGGAAGCAGCCUCGUUAUUCUGUAUGCACCUGCCGGUUGAUAAAAUGUCGAUGGAAGGCAGUAUGUCAGAUUCCAUGCGUGUUUCACCAUUUUCUAAAGGCACAAAAUACAUGGUGGUGGAUGUGGGAGGGGGAACAGUGGAUAUAACAUUACACGAAGUUAUAGAAUCAGACAAACUCAAGGAGUUGGACUCUGCUAAUGGAGGAGCUUGGGGAGGCACAAGGGUUGACGCUGCUUAUGAAAACUUUCUCAAGAAAAUUACAGGGGACAAGGCCUUUAAGCGAUUCCAGAAGGAAGCUGCAGAAGAUCUCAUAGACCUCUACAGGGAGUUCGAGACGAAAAAAAGGAAUGUAGUGGCAGGAAAAACUGGAAGAGAGACGAUCAAAAUCCCUGUGCGACUGGCAGAAAUAUAUGAAAAUGAAUCUGGUAAAACUAUAAAAACUCGAAUCAGUGAGAUAAAGGAGUUUAAAGAUAAAGUGUCAUGGAUGGGAGAUAAAGUAAGACUGGAUAUGGAAAUUGUGAAGUCAUGGUACGAUGAGUCAUGUAAAAACACUGUUGAGCAUAUCAAAAAAAUCUUCAAGCACAAGAAAAGUGCUGGAGUUAACACGAUUUUACUAGUCGGUGGCUUUUCUGAAUCACCAAUGCUGCAAGAGGCUCUAAAAACAAACUUUAAAGACAAAAGGGUGAUCAUACCUGAAGAUGCAGGGCUAGUAGUUUUAAAAGGAGCUGUGAUAUUUGGACACAAUCCUAUUACCAUAGUGUCACGUGUUGCCAAAUGUUCUUAUGGUGUCCGCGUGUAUCGCGAUUUCAAACCUGGUGAACAUCCAGAAAACAAAAAGGUGCAAGUAGGCAGACGAGUGAAAUGCAAGGAUGUUUUCGCUUGUCAUGUGAAGAAGGGUCAAGAAUUAGUUGUUGGAGAAGCACAAUCCAAACAGCGUUAUACCCCAUUAGAAGCAGACCAAAUGACACUGGUUUUUGAUGUGUACACGUCAACAGAAGAGCACCCACAAUACGUCACGGAUGUUGACUGCACAUAUGUAGGUCAACUUGAGGUCGAAGUUCCGGAUCUUUCUGGCGGGAAAGACCGAGGCGUCUGGGUGAAACUGAUUUUUGGUGGAACAGAAGUGAUAGUUGAAGGCGAGGAUGAGAAAACCAAAAAAGUUACUAAAGCGAGCUUCGAUUUCUUACAGUAAUAAAGAUUUGGCAAUUCGUUUCUUUUAGAAUAAACACUUAAAGAAAGGGAACUGAGUAAAGCUUUAGUUGAGAAAUAAUAUAUUUCAAACAGUAAUUUCAUGUUGAAUAAAAAAUCAUUGUUUGGAGUUCAAAUGCGGAGGGCACAGCCAGAGUGAUAUGAUAAUAUGCAACUGAACAACAUACUGAUUUUAUUGAAGAGAAGAUCUCUGUUUGAGCUCGAUCUAAUUUAUUUCGAUUCUUACACGAUAACUUGGAUUGUCUACCUCCUUGACGACGUCUACCAGAUAUUUGCUAGAUGUUUAUGUUUUUCCAGCGCACCGCCAUGACGUUUGUAAUGUUUGAUAUAUUUGGGCAAUAUUUAUUCGUUUCUUCAGUGAAGCUUGAAUAUAAACUUAAGGCAGUUUGUGUCUGUUGUUAAGUAGGUGAACUUGCAUCUGUAUGGAAAUAAAUACACAGACAAUUUUUCGAACAGUAAACCAUCAUUGGAAGUACAUUGAUAUUUCUCUUUAUGGGGGAACUUAUGUCAUUAUUGAUUUAACUGCCAGCCGGAAAAUUUUGUGGAGAACAUGGAAGUUUCUGGUGUGUGAUAUAAGGUUCUUACGUGCUCUAAACUAUAAAAUGGGUCGACAUAUCUUCAGUGACUACUUUUAGAAGACAGUUAAAACAUUCUCAGCGGAACUAGUCGGAUUAGUCGUGAUUUUGUUUUUUAACAGUGAAGACCAAAAGUGACUAUGCCAGGUUGUGUAGAAAUGACAAUACCGUUAAACAUACUACUGUGAUAUAUUUUUUACACUGAUACGUCAGUGUCGCGCAUAAUUAAACAAUAUGUCGGUAUAUGCUCAAUUUAAUUCAUUUAAAUACAUGUCCUUGAUGUAUUUUCAUUUGGGUGUUUUUCAUUUUAUUUUCACAAGGUCUCAUUAAAAAGUGUGUUUCCAUGGUUUUCAAAAUAUGUAAGUCAUUUUUCUAUAGAGCAGAUCAAUCUGUGUACGUGUUUGUUUGUUUCUUAUACUGUCUAAUCAGUCUUAUUUACAUGGUGUAUUUUUUCAGGCCAAUUAGAGGCCGAAAUUCAACCCUGUUCCCAAUGGCAAAUGGUAUGAUUUUUCCCCCAAUUUCAAAGCUAAAAUUCCAAAUUCUAGACGUAAGAUUUUUAUAAUCUUUCAGCAAAGACUGAACCUAUGAAACCUUAUAUAUAUAACAUUUUACACACAAGGCAGUAUACUAACUGAAUGCAUUUUUGACCAAUAUUUUCUUAAAAGAGAAGUUUUAAUGAAAAAAAAUCACUUUUUAUCAAUUCCCAAUUUGGACGUUUUACGACGCAUUUUCCCAAUUGUAAAGGUCCCGGUCCCAUUCCCAAAUCAGUGGAUAAACACUGGUCAUUCCAAGCGACAACAGAUAGUCCAUCAAAAAUAUAAAACAUGUUUUUUUGUAAACAUAAAAAUUAAUAUUUGUUGACAUUUAAAAACAGUUACCUAUCUUUCAUCUAUGUAUAUUGACUGGAGUUGCUUUUUAUGACGGGGAAAAUAGAGUUGCUCAGUGUAGGAGACGUUUACUUUAUUAGUCGCCGGUAGAAACCGGCGACUAUAUAUUUGAUACGCUUUAGGAUUCUGCAGCUGGUAGGAGAAGUUAUUAAAAUGUGACAGUGAAAAAAAUGAUAUUGUAAAUAAAAGAAAAAUAAUUCAGUUAAUGAAAGGCUUACAUAAAGGAAUUAGGAGCUGAAAAUUGCAUAAGAUUUUUAUUAUUUCAAAAGAUUGCUUUUUAGGAAAAUAGGAAAAAUGUAUUAAGAACUUAUCCCUAUACUCCGUAUCAAUAGCCCUAUCACGUGAUCUGAAACAUGUAAAUAUUCUCAUUACACUGCAGACGGGUUUACAGCCAUGUCAGAUAUUAGCUACAGUUCAUCUUUUUCUUAUCACUUGCUAAUAGAUAAACAAUUAGACCCUCAACCUACACAGAAUCCUAAUAUAAAACAUUCUACACAUAAUUUCAGAAAUGGCCUCUAUUUAAUAGUUCUUUGAAUUGGAGUAAAAAUUAAAUGGACUACUAGAAUAUUGCUUAUUACAUAAAAGAAAGAGGAAAUAAAACGGGGUCUUUUUAAAAAGGAUAGAAUUUUUUUUAUUGAAAGUUAUGUACACAAUGCGUUUGAUUGUUUGUAAAACAGACAAUGAAUUCCUUCCAAAAGCAAAAUGUUGUCGAAGUCAGAGGAAAAAUGAAUUACCACAUACAUUGUCUAAAAGAACCAAACGUUCUUAACGGACAAUGCAGCAGUAAUGCUGAGUAAAUAAAAAAAAUGUGUUCUUUCAUUUAAACAAUUGAAACUUACAUAAAUUUUCAUGUGUUAUUUAUUCAAGACAAUAUUAGUUAAUCUUUGCAAUGUGUACAUGGGGUAUGUAUAUAUAAAGACACUGGCUGGGAAACUCUCUGUUUACCUGUUUCGGAUCACGUGAUAAAUUUUGCCGAUAUUGAAUAUAUGUAUAUCAUUAAAUUUCGUGAUCUUGUUGUAAAUUCAGUUUUUCGGCGAUUUGAUGCUCUGCAUCAAAAUUUUACUUGUUGUAUGUUGAUAUACACAAAUAAAUUAUAAAUGGACAUACA